AUGUGGUUAGUUGCGAAAAACAGUUACCUGCUGUCGCCUGAUCUGACGCUGAUCAUUUUGCAUAUUUCCUUAAGAAAUUUAAGGGUGUUGGGGUCCAUCGGGCCAAGAACCUCGAUGCAUAUUUGCAAGAAUUCCAUCGAGGGGAUGGCGUUCCCAUAUCUUUUCAUUUUCUCGUCCGCUGCCCUGGCCGCGGCCAAACCGCAUUCUUUACUUGUCAGGUUUACGUAUCGUUCGGCGAGGGUGCCAGGGACCGUAACAUCCCACGCCAAACAUCUGCUGGCUCUCCAAGGUAUUAGCGUGCAUCCGUCCGGGCGCCUACCAUUAUGCGCAGAAAUGCCGGAUGGUUCCUUGAGAACCGGGAUUGAAGCCUUGGAGAAGAGCCGACAAAUGGCGGUGCGCAGGGCUCCGUCAAAUUCGUCCAAUUUAGAAGGGUCAAUGUGUUUAGAUGUACGCAGGAAGUACAUCAAUUUGGGCAAACUGAGGGCAUUGCGGAUAAUAGUCAAGGCAUCAUGGGCCGAAAGACAGGAAAAAUGA